AUGGUGACGUAUGUGUUACUGGAAGCCUCCACACAUUCCAAUCUGUUGGAUUUGAUUCACUUCUGUGCAGAAAAAUCGCUGAAAUUCACCUUCGCAACAGAAUUACGCCAAUUGUUCUCAUGUGACUGUAUGCAUGUGGAUAAAACUCGUACAGCAGCAGAGACAAGUUCUUCUGCUAGUGACCAUUUUGAAACAAAUAAUGAUGCAGAAAAACCGGAAUCUAUUUCCUCCCAUCCAAGUCCAUCCUCGGUGCCUGCUGCGGUACUCUUAGAAGAAGCAAUUUCUUCUACAAGCCAUGUAAAACAAGAAACUCGCGAAGAAUUGGAAAGUUGGGAAAAUGAGCCCACUAUAAGUUCUGAAACAAAUCCCAGUCUCAUAGCAUCUGAAGCGCCUUUAGAGGAGAGGGUGACACAUCUUGAAAAUAUCGUGCAAAACAUGGAAACUAGGAUUUUGAACCUGGAGCAUCCAGCUCUGGCUGCAAGCUCGAAAAAACCUUUGUUUGGCAACAAGGCAGUAAAAAGCUCACAACGAUAUCGUUUCAAUUCACCAGGGCCAAGAUUCAAAGAUCUGGAUCUUGUGUCUGAGUACAAUACUUGGCGCACAUUCGUCCCACAGCUUUUCCUCAUGAAUGAAGAGAAAAAACUGAACUCCUUUAUCAAACAUAUCUUCUCAAGAGUAUGUGAUUUAUAA